GUUUGAAGUAGCAAUCAUGUCAGGUAGCUUGAUAUAUGAUUGUCCGAAGAAAAGGAUACACGUUGAAGGCUAUAGUAUAAAUACUCAGACACCUACUAGACUAGGUGGCCGCAAGUAUCCUUGAUAUUCUUCGUGGACACAAUUAGGCUUAUUUGCAUUGCAACCAAAGCCAGCUACGGAGCAAGAUGCCCCUUUUCCAUGCCAAGAGAGCUAUUUCAUGCCUAACUUAUCCCGGCUGCAACUCGACUUUCGGAUUGGUGCGUUAAUAAAGAUGUAGACAUUGGCACCGACAACAUAUCGUGGAAUCGAUUACUCCGGUGGAAGAUAUGCAGUAAUUUCAUGAAUUUGGCCAUCUACUCUUCAGUAUGUCUAUAAAAACGGCGCCGUAACCGCACUUAGAAGCACGGCGAGAUGAUAAUCCCAACCUGCUUCUUCAUUCUUAUAAACACAAGAAAUUUUAUCAUGACUGGAUCUUUUAUCAUCGCGGCGGCGCUCGCAUUUGUCGCUGUUGUUCAGGCGCAGUGCGGCUCUGGCACUCCGGAUGCUACCGUGACUGGUUCUGGCAAUUCUUUCAAGGCCACUAAAGGCUCAAGUACAGUAUACUCUGGCUCUGACUACCGCGCGGCGGUCCAGGCAGCUGUGGAUUCAAUAAGCAGCGGUCAACGUGUCUCUGUCAUGGCCUCGGGAUCCAUUGGUGCCAAUACUAUCACCAUUAGCAGUGGCAAGAUAUUCGAGGGCUGCGGUACUAUUGACGUUGGAAACCGGGCCGGGCAUGGUGCAAUUGAGUCGUUGGAUACCUCUGGUGUUCAAAUUCCGUACCUUACCAUGACCGGUAAUCCGUACUUUGGCUUGCGGUUUUAUGGCACCAAGGACCUAGUUCUUGGGAAAAUCACGAUGAAUCUUAGCGGCGGUUUGGGCAUCCGUUUUGACAGAGACGCAGCUGCAAACUCGAAUGUGAAGAUGGAUGUUAUCAAAGUUACCGGUGCUGGUAGUCACGCUGUAGAGACCUGGAACAUUGAUGGUCUUGAAAUCAAUCAAGUUAUCGCUAAGGAUGUCGGCGAGUGCGGAUUACUGCUCCAGAAGACCACUAACGCCAAUGUUAAACUCGUCGAUGGUGACAACGUCGCCAAAGGUACCGGGUACGCAACAUUUCGCAUGGCAAAUAAUAACGGCCAAAAUCCUAAUGGUAAUUACAACACUAAUGUUCAUGUUGACAAAGUCGUGUCCCGUGGUGGCGGUCGUGGCAUCUUUUGCGUUUCGCAAUCCGGAGCAACCGUCAUCGAGAGCGUCGACCUCUCUAGCAACGGAAACAAUGCUAUCCUCAUUGAGAACUGCUACAAUCUUUCGAUCCGCGGGGGCACUGUCAAUGGGGGCGGAGAAGUACGUCUCGCAGCCCGCGACGAAUUCCCCAAUAACCGCGACAUUUGGAUCACCCUGACAGUAAACAACAACUCUGUCCGUGAGUCUCCUUGUGGUGAAAAUACCAAUUGGACAAUCGAAGGUAAUGCCAGCAAGAAUAUUUGCUAAGCAUGCAAAGGGUUCAUAGCAAUAAGCAUUACAAUAUAUUUCACGGAGAUUUAACCAAAUUAAGUUGUAUAUAUUCAGUUCCUGUUAAAUGAGA